AUGCCCCUUCCCGGAACCUGUAGCGGGCCUGCCCACCCGUCAAGGCCUCCCCGCGCCCGUCCCGGGACGCCUGGGCGGGCCUCGCCCAGCGUUCCCAAGGAACGGGCGGGCGAGGCAUGCCAGGUAUCCUGGGACACCAGGCAGGCCUCGCCCACCCGUCCCGAGAAACCUGUGGGCCCGACUGACCAGUCCCAAGACACCUGGGGGACCUCCACCUGCCCCGCCCCUCCCAAACCCGUAGCAGGCCUCGCCCACCCGUCCCGCCCGAAACCUGCAGGCCUCGCCCACCUGUCCCGAGAAACCUGGUGGGCCCGGCUGACCAGUCCCAAGACAUCUGGGGGACCUCACCUGCCCCUUCCCGGAACCCGUAGCAGGCCUCCCAAACUACCGUCAAGGCCCGCACCUGCUCCCGGCACCCGUCAGGCCCGCACAUCAUCCCGGACACCAGGCCUUCCCGUCUCGGGACACCUGGCGGGCCUCGCCCGCCCGUCCCGGGACACUGGCGGGCCCUGCGACCAAUCCCAAGACACCUGGGGGGCCUCACCUGCCACUCUUGGGACCUGUAGCGGGCCUCGCCCACCCGCCUCAAGGCCUGCCCACCGAUCCCGGGACGCCUGGCGGGCCUCGCCCACCCGUCCUGGGACGCCUGGCGGGCCUCUCGCCCGCCUGGUCCCGGGAACGCCUGGCGGGGGCCUCGCCCGCCUCCGUCCCUGGACACCUGGCUGGAGCCUCCCCCGCCCGUCCCCGGAAAGCCUGGCGGGCCGCGCUGCCCGCCCGUCCCCCAGGAAGCCUUGGCGGGCCGCUGCCCGCGCGCCGUCCCCGGGAAGCCUGGCGGGCUACUGCCCGCCCGUUCCCAGAAGCCUGGCGGGCCUCUGCCGCGUCACCCCUGGACGUCUGGGCGGGCCGCUGCCCGCCCGGCCGCCCGUCCCCGGACGCCUGGCGGGCCGAUGCCCGCCCAGCCGCCGUCCCAAGGACGCCUGGCGGGCCGAUGCCCGCCCCCGGCCGCCCGUCCCCGGGACGCCUGGCGGGCCGCUGCCCGCCCAUCCCGGGACGCCUGGCGGGCCUCUGUCCCGCCCGUUCCCCGGGCACGCCUGGCGGGCCUCUGCCCGCCCGUCCACGGGACGCCUGGCGGGCCUCUGCCCGCCCGUCCCCGGGACGCCUUACAGGCGGAGGCCCGACGGUCCCCGGGACGCCUGGCGGGCAGAGGCCCCCGCCGAGGUCUCGGGACGCUUGGAGGGGGGACGCCUGGCGGGCGGAGGCCCGCCGGUCCCCGGGACGCCUGGCGGGCGGGAGGGCGCCGUCCCCGGUCACGCCCUGGCGGGCGGAUGGCCCGCCGGGGUCCCCCGGGAGGGAACAGCCUGGCGGGCGGAGGGCCCACCCCCGGUCCCCACCCGGGACGCCUGGCGGGCGGAGGCCCGACCGGUCCCCGGGACGCCUGGCGGGCGGAGGCCCGACGCCGGUCCCCGGGACGCCUGGGAGGGCGGAGGCCGAACGGUCCCCAGGGACCGCCUAAGGGGGCGGAGCCCGACGGCCUCCCCGGGGCGCCCUGGCGGGCGGAGGCCCGCGGUCCCCGGGGGGACGCCUGCGGGGCGGAGGCCCGCUGGUCCCCCAGGGACGGCCAGGCGGGCGGAGGCCCGCCGGUCCCCGGGACGCCUGGCGGGCAGAGGCCCGCCAGGUCCCGGGACGCCCUGCGGGUCGGAGGCCCGACCGCCGGUCCCCGGGACGCCUGGCGGGCGGAGGGCGGACCGCCCGCCCGUCCCCCCGGACGCCUGGCGGGCGGAGGCGGGCCGCCCGUCCCCGGGACGCCUGGAGCGGGCGGAGACGCCCCUGGCGGGCGGAGGCCCGCCCGUCCCCGGGACCCCUGGUGAGCGGAGGCCCGCCCGUCCCCGGGAUGCCUGGCGGGCGGAGGCCCGCCCGUCCCCGGGACGCCUGGCGGGCGGAGGCCCAGCCCGCCCGUCCCCGGGACGACCUGGCGGGCUUCGCCCGCCGUCCCUUAAGAGAGUAACACCUAGUGACAAACCAUAG